AUGUCAGCGGAACACAAUAGGAGGAUUGGCCAGCUGUGCUGCGUACUGAUUGGCCUGAUGCUCCUGUGGCCCCUCCCCUCUCAGGCCUUCUCCAGACUGUGCUCAGACGUGAGCCUGCGUUCGGCCUUCUCCGCCUCACGCUCCAGCUCCAUGGAGGGGGGAGGCGACCACCUGGCUGUCACCUUCGACCAGGUGAGUGUGGACGUGGGCGGAGACUUCCAGAAGGACACAGGCCUUUUCACCUGCAGGGUCCCAGGAGCCUACUACUUCAGCUUCACUGUGGGCAAGUUCCCCCACAAAGAGCUGUCCGUCAUGCUCAUGAAGAACCGCAACCAGGUGCAGACCAUCGUGUACGACGAGGGCAACACGGACGAGCGCAAGAUGCAGAGCCAAAGCGUGAUGCUGCAGCUGGACUUUGGGGACACCGUUUGGCUGCGUCUCCACGGCGACCCACGCUACGCACUGUACAGCAACACGGCGCACUACACCACCUUCAGCGGGUACCUGAUCUACCCGAGCCUGUACCCGGGACUCUCCUCUGACUACGACUCUUCUCAGGACAACGAGCUGGAGGCCGGGCCCACGACCAGGACAGAGGACACACAGAGGACAGAGGACAGCCAGGUCCCUCACAGCCCAGAGCCCAGUCCCAGCAGCCCAUCCAGGCCCGCAGAGCCUGAGGACCCAGAGGAGCCCGAGGAGGACCCCCGCAGUGCCUUCUCCGUGGGGCGCACUCAGAGCAUCGUGGGGGCGGCCGGGACGGGACUGCCCCACCACCGGCCCAUCAGCUUUGACUCAGAGUACGUGAACAUCGGCAGAGACCUGAACGUGAGCUCGGGCGUGUUCCUGUGCCGCGUCCCGGGCGUCUACUACUUCUCCUUCAACGCCGGAAAACUGCCCGAGAAGAGGCUGUCGACUCUGGCACACUGUGGGAGGGGUCACUGCUGGACACUGGACAGCGCAAAGCCCACCCAGCCACAGGUCACAGAUCAAAGAGCAAAGGGAAAUGCCACCUCCUUGCCCCUCCCCCCACUACAGAAGUAA